UUAAGAUAAACCAGGAGAGCUGCAGAAGAUGAUUCCUCCAAUAGACUCACUUUUGAAAUAUGACCAUCCACUACUUGUCAGCAGAAAUGUAGAGAAAAAAUCUGCAAAGGCCCGUCCUUUCAAAGUGAGUGCCCAGCAGCCUACAUCGACUUCACCGGUUCCAAGUCCUCCAAAAGCCAAACCAGUUGCAGUAGAUGUCACCAAGCAGACAGAGGAGAUUUUAAAUGCAAUUUUGCCACCCAGAGAAUGGACAGAGAAUUCUCAGCUGUGGAUUCAGCAGGUAUCCAGUACUCCCUGCACUCGGAUUGAUGUUGUCCAUCUGCAGGAACAACUGGAUCUCAAGCUGCAGCAGAGGCAAGCUCGGGAGACUGGAAUUUGCCCUGUCCGUAGGGAGCUGUACUCACAAUGCUUUGAUGAACUGAUCAGGCAAGUGACCAUAAACUGUGCUGAGCGAGGAUUACUGUUGCUGCGAGUUCGCGAUGAGAUCCGAAUGACCAUUUCUGCCUAUCAGACACUAUACGAAAGCAGUGUGGCUUUUGGGAUGAGGAAAGCUUUACAAGCAGAAGAGGGCAAAACUGACAUGGAAAAGAAGAUCAUUGAUUUGGAAGCAGAAAAGAAAGAACUGGAGAGACAACUGAAUGAGCAGAAAGCGAAGUGUGAAGCCAUAGAGAAAAGGGAGAAUGAAAGACGUCAGGUGGAGGAGAAGAAGCAUGCAGAAGAAAUACAGUUUCUCAAACGGACUAACCAGCAGCUUAAGGCACAACUAGAAGGCAUCAUAUCGCCAAGGAAAUGAAACUAUGCACUUGCUCUCCAAUAUUGACUUUUAAGUAUACU